AUCAGUGUUCUUUGUUUAAGUUAAGAAGAUUGGCGAAAUUGUCAAAAUGAAAAUAUUUAUUGCAAUUUUGCUGGCAUUGUGUGCUGCAGCCACAGCAGACGUCAGUCAUUUGAAGAAUCUCUAUUUGCCACCUCAUGAAAAAGCUCCAUCACACCAUGAUGAUUCCGUGGGUUCUCAUGGCAGCCAUUCGUCACCCAAUAGUGUUGCGACCUCUUUCGAUGCUUUCGAUUCUAAUGGCUACACAGGUUCUAGUGAGUCUUUUGGUUCGGGUAGCUAUUCAGCUCCUGUAACAACAUUCGCAGCAAACUCCUUUGGAGCAGGAUUAAAAGCAUCUGAUUCUGAAACUGGUUCCUAUGGCAGUGGCAGUUAUUCUGCACCGGCUACUUUUAUAAGUUCAACUUCUUAUAGUGCGGAUUCCGCCUAUAGUUCAUUAGCAGCACCAGAUGCCCAUUCCAGUCAUCAUCAUGCGGAUCAACAUAGUUACGGCGGGCAUCAAGAUCAACACAGUCAUCAUGAUGGGGGACAUGGUCAAUAUGAAAGUCAUGGUCAUCAUGACAGCCAUGGACACCAGGAUAGUCAUGGACACCAGGAUAGCCAUGGACACCAGGAUAGCCAUGGACACCAGGAAGGUAGCCACGGUCACGGUCAUUACGAAAGUGUUCAACAUCAUGACAGUCACGGUAACAGCCAUCAUGAUAGUCAUAGUCAACAUGACCAUGGCCACCAAGGCAGUCAUGCUCAGCACGACAGCCAUCAUGACAGUCAUGGGCACGAGGAAGGACAUGGUCAUAAGGAGAGCCAUGGCCAUCAGGAUAGUAACGGUUAUCACGACAGCCACGGUCAUAAGGACAAUCACGGCCACCAAGAUAGUCAUCACGAUAGCCAUGGUCAUCAGGAUAGUCAUGAGAACCAUGGCAGCCAUGGGCACCAUGAUAGUCACGGCAGCCAGGGUCAUCAAGGUAGUCACGAUCAUGACGGCCAACACAGUCAACAUGGUCAUCAAACCACGGAUACACAAUAUGCUGCCGAUGGUGGCUACAUUUAUUAGAAUACCCUCCACAAGCAAAAAACAAAUGCC